AAGAAAACUGGUAAAGAUGAGGCCUAUCAGUCCCUUGCUUAUCUUUGAAGAUCGAUAGCUUGAUUGGAUGACUAUUAGGAUACGUUUAAUGUGACAAAUUCUCGUAAUCAUAUACUAUUCCCAAUUCUCAUAUUGGGCUUAGGGUAAUGAAUUUCUCCGAAGCUAUUAAAAGAAAUAUCAGCCAACAAUCUGGCGAGAACAUAUAUUCGUCAAUAGUACAAUGCUUCAGUGUAAUAUUCAUCGGCUAUAUCUCAGCAAGGGCACAUUGGAUAACGGAUACUCAAGUCGGAGGCUUGGGAAUAUUCGUGUCAAAAUUUGCUCUUCCAGCUCUUCUGUUCCAAAAUAUGGCAACAUUAAAUUUUUCUUCAGUUAAUUGGACAUUUCUUAUUAGUAUUCUUAUUUCUAAAAGUGCCGUUUUUAUUUUAAUAACAAUUUUUGGGUUAAUUGUAACGAGACCAAUAAACUUUGGAAAGUGUGGAAUUUAUUCAAUUUUUGCAACACAAAGUAACGAUUUUGCACUGGGCUAUCCAAUUGUUUAUGCCCUCUAUUCAAAAAGUCAUCCUGAAUUUAUUAAUUAUAUUUACCUUUUGGCCCCUAUUUCCGUUGCUUUAUUAAAUCCUAUUGGAUUUUUUUUGAUGGAACUUCAAAAACGUCGAGAAUCUGACGACAGACAAACAGGAUACUGUCUGAUUAUUUUUAAAGUGUUUGGUGGAGUUCUCAUUAAUCCUAUUAUUUUCAUGACUGCUUUGGGACUUAGUGCAAAUCUGCUCUUUCAACGGGAAUUACCAGGAAUUUUAGGGCAUAUCUUAAAAGUUUUAGGUAAAACAAUUUAAAAAUAUUUUAACUACUUCUGUUUAAUAAAACUACUAUUGUUAUCAUCUUCUAGGUAAUUCUUAUAGCGCUUGUGCUCUAUUUUUUCUUGGUCAUAGUCUCUCUGGAAAAAUGAAAGACCAAUUGGGAAUGAAACUGCUUAUGGCUGUUUUGCUAAUAACAUCAAAAAUGCUAAUUCUACCAUUGGUUAUAAGAGAAGUAGUUGCUAAUAUUAAUAAUGGAAAUUCAUCCGAAACGGUUGACUACUCCACUUAUGGAUUCUUAUACGGGACAUUUCCAACAGCACCAACUGUAUUUUUGUUUGCUUCUCAAUAUGAAAUAGAAGUUGAUCUAAUUGCAACUGCAAUGGUUGUUGGUACUUUUCUAUCAGCUCCACUGAUGUUCGUUUCGGCUAAGAUGAUAACUUUACCAGUAGCAAAAUUAAGCAAUUAUGACCAAUUUAUAUUUACUUCCUCUUUUGAUGUGGCUUGCGUUGGAUUAGGAUGUUCUGUGUGGGUUUUUGUAGUGUUUCUAUUAAACAAAAGGAAUAGAAGUUUUCCUCAUCAAAUAACUCUAAUUCUAACAUUUUUCCAGGCUGCAGGCUGCAUAUCAAUGAUGACCUAUAAAUCAGUAAAUCAGAAUACUGCUUGGCAGCAUUAUCUUCAUUUCAUAUGGUAUUCGUUUUCCACUCUUGGUGCGAGAAUAUUUGUCUCUGUUCUAGCAAUUUCCCUGCUAUUCUUACGUAUGAAAAGUGUAUGCUAUGCUUUAAAGAAAAGAAUUUACUUAUAUUCAGCUGGCUUAGGUUUGCCGCUGGCCUUAACUGGGAUACUUUUAAUUUUUGGCAAGAAAAAUUCAGCAGCCAAACUACCCCAAAUAUCUUAUGGGCCUUUACAAAUUUGGUUAAAUAUUGGAGUUUUAUCAAUUAGUCUUCUCAUUAUUAUUUCGUGUGUCGUUAUUCAUUACCGGUGUUCAUCAAAUAGCCCACCUGAAAAUACAUCCCUAGGGCCACGUCAAAAUGUUACCAGUGAUUCCCAAAGACCACUUUUAUGUUCAGAUAGUUCCGACCAACCAUCGAUUUUAGAUAAUCUCCAGGAUGAUAUAAGCGAGGAAGAGCUGGAGAAUAGUGCAUUUUCCAUCAAUAAUGAAACUGCGCCCAUGGUUUUGCCAAUAGAAGAAAAUGAACCUUCAAGAAGAGAAUUUCAAAGUAUUGAAGAUAUUAUACCAUUCCCACCGAAUUUGAGGAGGAAUACUCGUCAUACUAGCCUUAUUUCUGAGCGAUCUUGUGAAAAUGCUCGAUGCUCUGAAGAACAAAGAAGAGAAUGUCAACGAUUAGUUAGAUCAUUAGAAAGACCUGUUACGUUAUCAGAGAGUGGCGACACUUAUCAAUUUGUCCGCCACGUUAUACUUGUUCUCUUUCUAUGCCUGCCUCAACUAGUAUGCUUAUCCUUAAACAUAUGGAGACUAACAGCUAAGUGGACAAGUGGAGCGUUUGUUGAAUUGGAAUUCUUAGACGCAGUAUUGAAUUACGGCCAAGGAGCUUUUUCAUUUUGUGUUUUUGGUUUCGAUAGUCAUAUGGUGUUGGAACCUUUCAUUCGCAGAUUUGACAAAAGAUGCCGUAAUUGCUUUCCAUUUAACAAUUACAGAUGGAGAAAAUGGUUGUAUGGCAGCGAAGUUAUCAGACCAGCAUCCAGACGAUAUUUAGAUCCUGUUACGAAACGUAAAUGUGACCAAUUCUCUCAAUAUCAUUUGGAAACGUGCAAAAGAAAUAUUGCGAAAGAUACAGCACGAGAUGGAACAACAUGGAGAAAUUCUUUUAGUGGAAAAGCUCUGGUAACAUGGAUACUUAAUAUAGGAUUGGCCGCCGAUAGAUUUGAUGCUAAACAAUAUGGAAGACGUUUAUUAAGAGGAAAUGUAAUUGAACACAUUGAAGGAGAAAGAGACUUACACGAUGAAGAUCAUCUUUAUAGGUUUACUGAUGCUCAGGAUGAAGAACACCCUGCAUAAGACAUUUCAAAGAUGAUUAUAAUUUAUUAGUAAUUCUCUUCAGCUCGUUUAAUUUAUUUAAAGUUUAAUUUGAAAUACAAUACCACGAUAACUGAUAUAUUGAUU